GUGUGACCCGCAAAUCCGCUCUGCAAGCAGGAAUUGGCAGGGCAGGCUUCAAAGAUGUUGCGCUUGUUGGAGACGCAGGAGACGAUAGUGAUCAAUACUGGUACCGAAAUGUUGGCCAACAGCGACGCGCGUCGGUGGUUGGCUUCAAUGGUUUCCAUGGCUGAUUGACGCAGUUGGCGAUGCCGGAGGUGGUAGUAUUUCUAGGGGUGAUGGGUGUGCAUGGUUUUCCCCUGCGAACGAAGUUUCGAUGUGAUAUGUUGAGCUUUCCACGACUGAACUGAAUCCGACCCCGAGAUCUCGAAUCCAUAGCGACGGACCCUACCUGCAGCAAGCCUAGACAUACGACAGCCGAUAUCCGACCAAGAUCCGUAUCAGUAUCACCAGAUCGUAUCGUCUCGUUUCAGAUCAUAUCAGAUCAGAUUACCUAGACAUCCCCAAGCCUCCUCCAUCAGACAUCAGACAUACAGCCAAAAUGCCCACCCCCUUCGCCGUCCUCCCCGCCCUCAUCCCGGACAUCAAGCCCGUCUACGACGCUUACUUCGCCGCCUUCACCGCCGACGCCGACGGGCGCAAGAUCCUCGAGAUCCUCUUUCCCGGCGGCUACACCUCUGAAGAGUUCCGCAAGGCGCACACGGAAGGAACGCUAGCAUGGCUGCACAAGGCCGAGUCGCAGUACACGUGGAAGUGCGUGGACGUUGCCACGGGCGAGAUCGUCGGCAUGGCGUUGUGCGAUGUGUUCAUCAAGCCUAGGACGAAAGAGGAGAGGGCGUAUCCUGGCAUUCCGUGGUUGGAGGGCGAGCAGAGGGAGAGGGCGGAUCAGGUGCUUGCGCCGCUUUGUGAGGCUAGGGAGAAGGUUAUGGGUGAUGGGUCUUAUAUUUAUGUCCACGCCAUCGCGGUAGACCCCAAGCAUCAGGGCCGUGGUGCGGGCGCGAUGAUUGUCAAGCAGCUCAUCAACUUGAGCAACGACAGCAAUCUGCCCAUCUACUUGGAGUCUUCGGCGUCUGCUGAGGGUCUGUACAAGAAGAUGGGCUUCGUGAGGGUGCCGGAGGAGAGUGCGAGGGUGAUUCAUAGCAAGUCCGUGCUGGGGACGGAAACGGAUGUUGAGGUGCCACUCAUGAUCAAGACCCCGGCGAAGACUGGGUUGUAAGGGAUGAACAUCAAUGGGAAAGGUGUAGGGAAGGAUAAAAAGUACGCAUCAGUACUGCACGCUGAUAUGAUGUGAAGAGCGUGUACGAUUUGAAGGAUACAAUAAGAGAAAACCUACCCACACACACCUCGAAACCUACCCACACACACCUCGAAACCUACACGCACACACCCUCCAUACAUAACCCUUACCCUAACAGCUCGUACCAGCUCAUAACAUCUGCAUUGAAAAGACCCGUUUUACUUGCUAAAUUUCGCAUUUUUAAUAUACG